AGUGCCGUGCGCACGUAGCCCCGUCCCGGCUAUUGUCGUUUCUGCUCUGCUGUUUCUGUCAUCCCCUUCCCUCUAUCACUUCCUCCUACAUUAUAAUAGUUUCACUGUGACUGCCUGCGGUCGGCUAACAAGGAAGCGUGGGGAGCGUGGCUCUUUACUUUCGUAUGAUAGAGAGGACAUAUGGCGGACUGUUAUUAUUCAGAAAACAACAGUCAAAGCAUAUUAAUCCAAAACAAGCAACCGGGACGAGGAAAGAUUCGAUAACUGCAAAAUGGCUACAAGUACUUAUUCUGGAUUAUGUUCGUGACAUGUUCUGAACUAUUCGCAAAGUUUUAAUGUCAAGCGUAUUUACUUUGUUUUAGCGCACCGUAAGGACAGCUUUCCAAACCGUUGUUUUGCAUCGCUGUCAGUUACUUUUAUUCAUUGACAUUUUCAACCUGUCAUUGGGGUCGUAACGACGUAUAAUUUCCACUUUUGGUAUUUUUCUUUUAAACACUGCCCUGGACUGGGUGGUCGUGUGUUUUUGUCCCUUUGCGUUUUAAAUGUGGCACACUCACUGACCGCCACCGUGCUGCACGAGCCCUUUAAUAAUUCCGGGUAAAUCUGUCGACGUGUGUUGGCACCAGCGACCGACAUGGGGGCUAAGCAGAGCAGCCCAGCCGCUAACGGACGGACCAGGGCUUACUCGGGCUCGGAUCUACCUUCGAGCACCUCCACUACCAGCAAUGGGAACGGUAGGACUGCAGCGAUGGCAAUGAGCUAUCACGCGUAUGGCCAGUCGGCUCACGGGGCCUCGGGAACCACAGCGACCUCCAGUCAACACAUUGGCCCCAGGAUGAGGUCCGUGGGAGGCAGUUCUGGAGGGUCAGGGCCAAGACCCCAGUCAGGCAUCAACAUCCCUAACAGCGGUGGAGCCUACAGCUCACAGGAGUCUGGCAGCAGCACCCCUGAGGAGGCAGAGAGGGACAGGUCCAGCGGGGGGCUAGGGGGUCCCCGGUUGUUGAUUGGAUCAUUACCAGCACACCUUUCGCCUCACCUUUUUGGAGGCUUCAUGUGCCCUGUCUGCUCCAAGUUUGUCUCCACGGAUGAGAUGGAUCUACACAUCGUCAUGUGCUUGACCAAACCCAGAGUGACUUAUAACGAGGACGUCCUGAGUAAGGAUGCAGGGGAAUGUGCAAUCUGUCUUGAGGAGCUGGUACAGGGGGACACCAUUGCUCGCCUGCCCUGUCUCUGCAUAUACCACAAAGGCUGUAUUGAUGAGUGGUUUGAGGUGAACAGAUCGUGUCCAGAACAUCCCUCAGACUAAAGGGCCUCGCUACUUUUCUCCACAGGUUUCUUACUCCCUCAAUAAGAAGAGUGAUCUGCUCCGAUAACAAAAUUCCUUAAUGUGAAUCCCCUCCCCUUCCACGUUGCCAAUGAGACUACUGGACAGACACACUGUGACUCUGUGGCCAGUACAGAACUGACACCUCACCCUGACCCUACCCCUCUAUCCCCAUCACCUCCAGUACCUCAGCCCUCAACACACCUCAACUCAAACCAGUCAAGAACCGCAGUGUGCCAAAACUCAUUAAAAGCAAUCUUCAGGGAAACUACAUUUAAUGCUGAUCUAUCUAUUUUUCUCCACACACACACAAUCGGCUCCGAGACCAGACAGACACAGACACACAAACUCACAAAUACACACUCACAAACACAACCAACCUCUGCUUUGUCCUCAAAGACAGACAUACAGACCGACAGACAGACAUACAUGCUUAUCUGCCAACCUGAUGUUGAGGGGAAGACAAAACACCUCUGUUGCACAACUAUCCAAUCAGGAAAAACUGUUGCUCUCAACACGCCCUCUCACUCUCUGCCGCAUCAAUGAAACGGCUGUAUAUGCCACGCACAGACGUUUUGCAUUCCAUCCCAUUGGCCAUGCCCCAGUGAUUGAGCUGCUGUGGUUGGCUGAGCUCCAGGGCUGCUGCGACUUGGAAUUCCCUCCUCCUGUGUUAUUGGACAGUAGAUCCAGGUCUCCUCCCAUCUGUUUGGUCUGAGUGAUUGUACACCUGGACAUUUCGGGGAUCAAGCUGAGGGGAGAAGGGGCAAGGGGAAGUCAGUCCUCAUCCCCCUCUUUCCCCCUCCUCACCAACUGUGUCUACCAGUGCCUUCACCUUCAGAUCCUAAUGGCCUACCAGGGCAGAGUCAAGACAACAGAACAGAACAGUGUGAUUGGUGGGUUGGGGACAGAGGGUGGGAAGUCAGGUAUGAGUCUAUACUAUAUCCUCCCUCCCUAGCCCUUCCCCCUGUGUGUUGACUGGAUGACGACAGACAGAGAGAGAACCAGCAGAGAGCCAGACUCAGCUGAAUGUGAAACUCUGCUUAUCUCUACCCUUUACUCCACUGGGACAUGACUGGAGCUGGCCCUGGCUGCUAGCCACACUGAAAUUAGAAGUGCCCUGCUAUAUGCUGUCCCUCUCUCUCUUUCUCACUCUCUCCUUUCCCCUGACUAGCUAUCUAACUCACAACCCCUCAAUGCCUCUGUGGUAGCAACAAGACGUGAACUGGACUGUGCUACCAGAAGUGCGUGGCUCAGCUAGUAGCAACUACAACUCCCAGCAGGCACUUCUCUGAAGUGAGAAUGUUAAUCUUAGUUUUUGUAGCAGCAAUAGCUGUCUGUCUGGGACAUGAGGCCCUCUGUGCUUAGCCUGGAUCCCAACUGAAUUACUAUGUUUCACAAUUGGUUUACUGUGCAUCUUCAGUUUGGCAAUUGUGAAGAGGAUCAAUUCAGUUGGGAUCCAGGCUACAAUGUGCUGACCCCAGAACAGAUAUCCCCCUCUCCCAGGGGCCCGGUGACAUUAUGUGGUGUAUAUACUCUAGCCUUCUACAGGGUUCACACACCCAUCCUCUUCUCUCACUCACUCACUUUUACUUUUAAUCUUUAUUUAUCAUCAUGAGACUUAUCAGUUAUUAUUAUGCAAAUUAUUUUAAGUGUGCAGAUUUGACAUAAUGGUGUAAUUGCAUAUCUGUGUAUGUAUGUGGGCCUUAAUGCAAAGAGAAUGACAUGAAUAACUAUGUCUUCUAUUCAUGUUUGUCCAUUUCAGUGCUGUUUCAAAUAGCUGCCUGAGAUUGCACACUUUUUACCCAAUCAUAAUCAUCUACCAAUCAGCCUAUCACAGUAGAGGUGAGAGGGCGGGGCAGGAAGUAGGCGAUUGGUGGACCUCCAUGCCAAAGCCAAUCAGAAUAAGGGGAAGACUGAUAUAUUCAAAAACGUUGGAUCCACUUUCUCAGUGUGUUUGAGUGUUUUACACAUUUCUUAUCUAAUACAUUUCAGCUUCCAGCAAUCCUGGGUUGUAAUAUUUAAACAAGGCCUUGAUGUUGUUCUCUUUAAUGUUUUGAGAGCUUUCCCAGGAUGCGCUGCUAAUUAGUAUACCAGUAUACUAGACCUCCAUCUUCACCAUUGGGCUGUGAAUAAGGGCAGAGUAAGAAACUGAUAGACAAAGUCAAUGAAUAAGACAAAAGCUUUUCACAAUCAUUGUGGAGGUUUUUCAUCUCCACAGUUUAGGGAUUUUAGAUUAUAGUAUAUUAUUAUGACAGAUUUAGGAAUAAGAUCAAUAGUAUUUAUAUUGGUUGCCCAAUUCAAACUAGUAACGACCAGUCAGACAAAUUAACAAAGAGCAUUUAUAGGGGAUCUGGGUAUUAUGGUAUGGAUAUACUAAAGAUAGUAUUACCAUGGCUACUGGGUCAGUUACACCAUAUUAACUGGUUUCUCCAAAAGGGCCAUCGUCAUGCCUCUAAGACGUGCUGCUCACACUUUAUACAGUACAGCAAGGCAUAAAGCUCUUUGGAAUUGGACAAUAAAAAGCCACCACCCAAAUGGACUGUUUCCCCAUUCGACAUCAUGUACUAUAGCUAAUAAAGUUUGAUCUAAAUCCAGAUGGUUUCUCCUCAUUGCACAUCAGUGAAGGAGAAACUAGAAUGUCUGGUCUGAAACUAGAAUGUCUGGUCUCACCGCAUGGUUUGUCCCAUGGCUACUGUACUCAAAUCAAAUCAAAUUUAUUUAUAUAGCCCUUCGUACAUCAGCUGAUAUCUCAAAGUGCUGUACAGAAACCCAGCCUAAAACCCCAAACAGCAAGCAAUGCAGGUGGAGAAGCAAGUACUGUAAGCAAUGUGCUUUUUAAAUGUCGAAUGGCUCACGAUUGUGAAGCAUACUACUGUAUGUGUACAAUAUACCCUUAUUGUCAUGGGUAUGUGUGUAGCACGAGGAUUCUCCCUAGCUAGCCUAGCAGAACAGAUCUACUGUAGCUAGAAUCAGUUUUAAAUCACAUUUUACCCCCAUUUCAGUUUUCUUAGUCUUUUGGAUGUUUGGGUUUCUUUGGGGGGUGAGUGGGGAGGCAGCCUAGCGCCUAAACUGAUUUCGCUAUGUUUCACUGUAGAGAACUCCGUUUGGAUGUCAGGCCAGUGGUAACGGAAGGGGCUUAUAUGGUCAUUUUGUGUAAAUGUUUUGGUUUUGCUGCUUAUGCUACAGUUGCCAAUUUGAGCCCAUAUCAAUCCAAUCGGAUCGAUGUCUAUCCAAAUCUACCGUGUUGAAAAGCACCAUAUGGAUGGACUUGUGAGGAUGCAGUGUUUAAAACAGUCAACAUAUAUGAAUGCGAGAUGUGUUAGAGAACACACAUAUGUCAUCAGGUAGCUAUACUUGAUGUUCCGUUCAUGAUACUAUAAUAUACCAUGACAGCAAACAUACGGUAGAUGAUUAUUAGUUGGGGAUGAGCUUGCUUGACUGAAGGUGGAGGUGUAUUAGGGCAUUCAUGUAAUAGUUGAGAGGUGAAGGAAACAAUUUUUAUUUGGGUUAUACCUCCCAAGGUACUUCAGAGACAGGCCGACAGUACAUACCUAGAAAUGUUAUUUUAGAAACGAUUUAGACAUACAGUAUGUUAUAACAUUCCAUUUAUGUAAAAAUGUGUACAGAAUAUGAAAUUAAAAGAGCAAAACUUUUGGAGUACAUUC